CCUCGGCCGCCGCCCCCUUCUGAUCAGGGUCCCCGGUUCCUCCCUGACCGCCCGCCGGACACCUAGCCCGGCGGCGCGCGCAGCCUCCCCCCCCCGCGGGCCGGGGCCCGGACGCCGAACCCCGCGGGACAGGCGGCCAUGCUUUCGCGGCUGGCGCGGAACCUGGGCGCGACGCAGUCGGCCCGGCCGGAGACGUCGAGCGCGCCGCGGGUCGAGGACCCGGCGACGACGCCGCGGGCGCCGAGCCGCGGCUACUUCGGCCGGCGGCGGAGCGCGAACGCCGACGCCAAGGCCGAGGCCGCGACCCCGUGCCCCGACGCGGGCGAGGCCAAGCGGUCCGAGGGUGCGGAGUCGAAGCACGACGAGUCCAAGGACGGCGACCACAAGGCCGCCCCCGGCCCGGAGGCCGACGCGGCCCCGCGCCGCGCGACGGCCGCCGUCGCCGGCCGCGACGAAGCGAAAGAAGCGCCGCCGGCCGUCGCCGAGGCCAAGCUGGACCGCGGCGCCACGGAGCGCAUCGCCGCGCCGGCCGAGCCCGCGGCCAAGGGCGGCGAGGACGACGACAAGCCUUCGCCCCUCGCGGCGGGCCGGCCCGGCGCGAAGGUUAGCGACGCGCGGCCCCGCGUCAAGAUGCCCGAGUUGGAGCGCCACAUGCGCAUGGAGGGCGUCGGCGCCUACGCGCCCGCCGUCGUCGACGUCUGCGCGCGCGUGUCGCCGGCGGACCUGACGGCCAUGCGCGUGCCCCAGCUCGCGGAUUUGUGCGGCGAGUUGGGGUUCGACGCGGCGGACGUGGAGACGUACCGCGGCCUCUUCGGCGACAACGCGCUCGACGGCUGGGUCUUCGCGGAGAUCGACGAGUGGGAGGACUACUGCGAGAUCGGCAUGAAGCGGGACCACGCCGUCGUGCUGUGCUGCGUCGCCAAGGCCGUGAAGGGCGCGUUCGGCGCGCCGCUGUGGGUCGUCGACCCGCGCGAAGCCGCGGGCCCCUGUGCGGGCCCGCGGCUCACGGACGAGGAGAUCGCGUCGCUGCGCCAGGCCGACGACGUCGCCGCGGAGACGGGCGAGGGCGCCGUCUACGGGCAGCUCAUCGUGCUCGGCUACAAGGAGUACCGCGUCGAGGGGUCGACGUGGCACCCCGUCGGCGCGCGGAACGAGAAGUUCGCGCUCCGGCGCCGCGACGUCGCCAACGGCAUCCGCCGCGACGCCGUCUACCUCUCCAGCGCGCCGCCGGACAAGAAGGACGCGCACCACGGCAAGUACCGGUCCGCGGCCGCGUCGCACUCCGUGACCAUGUCCGUCGCCGCGGGCGCGCGCGGCGCCGACGGCAAGCCCGUGUCCGCGCCGAAGCGCGUCACGGUCGAGUACGUGCCCGACGCGCGCGAGGACAUGUUCCAGCUGGGCCGCAUGAUCGUGCCCCAGAACGACUUUGUGGUCCGGGGGCCGCUGCACCUCGACUCGGGCGGCGUCUUGUGCGGGCCCGUGAGCCGGUACGCGUGCCGCCUCACGUGUUCCCGGCGGCCGCCCUACGAGUGCACGCUCUACGCCGCGGGCUUCAACAACGAGCGCGACAUCUUCCUCUCGGAGCAGGCGCCCAAGUGGCAGCUCGCGCCCGGGGAACGGGCCGCGGACGCGCCGCCGCUCGACGACGAGGGCAAGGACGGCGGCGAGCCCGACGGCGCGCAGUGGGACGCGCUGACGACCUUUGGCGUGCGCAUCUGGAAGCCCGAGAUCGGCGCCUGGAGGGAAGUCUCCGUCCACGGCGGCGUCCACGAGCCGCGAGCUCGGGCGGACGUCGCGGGCAAGCGCUUCGCGUUGGAGAACUCGACGCUCACGAACGGGACCAUCGUCGACCUCGCGGGCAUCCAGCUCCUCUACGAGUCCGCCGCGUCCAUGCGCGCCCACGAGCGCGCGGCGCGCGCCGGCGACCGCCGCGAGCUCUCCCAGUCCGGCGAGCGGUCGCGGCAGAUCCCCGGCGACCCGAACGCGGCGGCGCCCGCGCGCAUCGUCGCGCGCUUCAACGCGCGGCGGCCCCAGUGCCCGGUCCAGCUCCACACGAUCCGCCUCGAGUACGACGACGACAAGCGACGAGCGCUCGCCCAGGACCGCCGGCCCUACAUCUUCCCGGCCUGCGGCCACGUCCACGCCUUCGCGCCGGAGCUCCAGCGAGUCGCCGCGCGCAUGCCCUGCCCGCUCUGCCGGACGCGGGGCCCCUUCGUCGAGCUCAAGCUCGAGUGGGAGCCGGCGAUCUGCGACGACGAGCCCGAGGUCGCGUUCAACCCGUGCGGCCACAUCGUGAGCGAGCGCGUCGCGCGCAAGUGGGCGUCGCUGGCGCUGCCGGACAACGCGCCGCCGAACGCGCGGUACCGGCCCAUCUGCCCCUUCUGCGCCAAGCCCCUGAAGACGGACGCGCGCGCGGGCGAGCAGCCCUUCAACCGCAUCCUGUUUCAGAGCGACGGCGGCGGCGGCGGCGACGACGAGACCGCGAGCAACGAGGGCGACGGCUCCUUCUCCACGAACACGCCCCGCGACCGCACGCCGUCAUCCAGCGACCGCAAGCGCCAGACCGACGACCUCUCCAACGCGUCCUGAUGCCGCGCGCGCGCCGC